AACGCCAUGACUCGCUAAGCAACGUUCUGAAAUGGAAGAGAGGAAAAAGAAGAACGACACGGAGGCCACGCCCUCGCGCGCUGGCACGCGAGGCCCACGCGCAAAGGAGAAUCUCUCUCCCGCUUUCGAACACGCAGCUCAUCGUGGCGGACGCGCUUGGAACGAUCGCAGAAAGGAACGGCAUCGUCCUACUACCUGUCAUGGGGAUCGGUGCACCUGGCGGCAUGGAAAUCCACCGUAUCCUCCAAGGCUCCCUGUCAACCAUCUCGGAAGAGACGCCAUCCCGCAAGACGCCUUCCUCGUUUGCACUCGCCGCACUUCCAGAUGCGGCCAAGGAUGACGUGUCUUACGUGUUCGGCAACUUGGCCAUCCAGGACGUCCUCCCAGACAAUCGGGACCUUGUGCUCAAGCCGUGGUCCAAGGUCGACGAACGCAAUUGCGGCAGCCUCACAGGACAUUACAGCAGGCUGUUCCCGAGGACCGAGUGGUACCCGCUCGUUGAUAUGGGCGUCAAGGACACCGUGGCUCAGUGUGACACCAUGCAACUACCAUGGACCGUGCAAAGAGCCUGGCACCAGAUGGUGGUAGCCUCGAGGGUCACCGUUCGCCUUCUAAUAUACAGUGCGCAACAUCCGAGUAUGCUUGGAGCGGAGGCGGCCGCGACCAUGAGUGGCCGGUUCGUCGAAUGCGACCACGUGCCUUCUGCCGAGUACCGCCUCGACGUCUUCGGCUGCAGGCUACGCAUCCACCCACGUGACACGCUGCCGUGCGCGUCGACGAUGCUGAACGCCUUCAAGGCUGAGAGCAACGGCGACACGUACGGCGUGGCUGGACCGAGCAGCUGCAUUUGGAGGCUACACGCGAGGUUCGGCCCGAACGGAGCAGACGGCAGCACGACAAUCCCGACAGCAGGGUCCAUCGCCCACGUGUGGCUGCCGUCUGCUCGGCUGCACCUCGUCGCAGCUGCAGCGACACAACAGCCACAAGCUCUGCAGGCGGCCUUACUGCCACAUCAGCUGCGCGUAUCCAAGCUGAGUCGCUGACCGUGCGUUCUCUCCUGACCACGUGACCAGCGACUUCAAAGUGCAUUCGUAUGGCUGGCACGAUGGCCACACCAGACGUACGGUAGAGCAGUGCCGGCUGCCCUGCGUUCACCCGAUGGCCACAUUGCGCAGGGUUUGGCGAGGACGUCCUCGGCAACCGCUGCGAGCUAGUCGCCGUGUCGCUAUCCCGCGACGAUAGUGCAACGAAACUGUGGCGCUGCUUGCCGGUAGUGGGUGCACUUCUUUUUCGUAACUUUUUACAUUUCUUUCAGUGUAUUUGUGCGAAAUUAGUGUUGUCACAUGUAUUUAAAAUACAGUUUUUUGCGAUCGAAAUAUGUUGCUAUGUUGAUUCCUUGAGCGUGGUAUUUGUGGGCGAUGGUAAUAGGCGAAAUUGAAUGAACCAUGGCACUCUAUUUCUCACUGUCGUUCUGAUUUUUUUUUUUUUUAUGGCUAUACCGUUCAAAAGCUACGACGUGAUCUCGACAAGGCUGCUUUGUUACAUGGUGGCCAGAGCAGACAAGUGGUUAUGUUCGUGUGCUCAGCUGUCAUAUCCUGCAAUGUAAUCGCAUCCACGGAAGCACAGGGCUCUCUGGAAUUGCAUGCCGCUGUGCUCGAAACGUAGUCCUUCUAAAGGGGCCAGGAUUCAGCCUUCCCUUUUUAAGGAUUGCUUGGGGGAUACCCGCAAGAUACGAACACAUACUCUCAUGCAUACAGAGAAAUAUGUUCGAAUCGCUCAUACCUAAGAGGGACUUGCGGACGGCAACUUCUGACGAGGUAAUGGUUGCGAAGAUGAAGUAGAAGCACGAGAACAUGAUUACCCAUGUUAUUAUUAUUAUUAUUAUUAUUAUUAUUAUUAUUAUUAUUAUUAUUAUUAUUAUUAUUAUUAUUAUUAUUAUUAUUAUUAUUAUUAUUAUUAUUAUUAUUAUUAUUAUUAUUAUUAUCACAAGUUUCGCCCCUGCUUAAGUUUUCCUUUAACUCUGGUAGCUCAC